ACGAUCCUUUACGGAACAAGUGUCACAUAGAGAAGAAGUUGUCACAUAGAGAAGUUGUCACAUACAGGACAAGUUGUCACAUACAGAAGAAGUUGUCACAUACAGAAUUAGUUGUCACAUACAGGACAAGUUGUCACAUACAGGACAAGUUGCAGUAAAGAUGGCGGCUAAACUUCACUUUUUCGUGACGUCUCUGGCUUUCUUGACCCUUGCUGUGAUGACCAGUGGUCAUUCGAACAACAAUCAACCCAACCAAUGUCAAACGAGUGUUCCCUCCUGCUUCCCUAUAAAACCUUACAUCCGGGUGACGCUACAGGCCAAAAACAUCCUGCAGGCGCCCACCUUUAAUUACGUUGCCGUGGUUACGCUGCGCAAACAAAACCUCUUGGGGUUUUUGGAGAAAGCGGUGGACACAAACUACGGUUUCAGGUUCUCGUCGUCCUACUUCGGCAGCGCCCUCGGCUACAUGGUGGACAAGAUAAACGGCACCGCCGCCUCCACACAGAACCAGACAUUCUGGCAAAUCAGCAGCAACGGCACUGCUCUUAACUGUGGUGUCUCCACCUACUACCCCAGGAACAACGAGGUCAUCCUCUUCAACUUCACCACCUACGCCAACGCCGGCUACGCGUAAGAGACAGCAGCUCACAUUCUCACCGACGUCACUGAAAUUGUCAUUGCAACUGAUAAUUUCAGUGACAUUAUCAUCGACAUUGUUACUGAUGCGCCUCUGUCUUCCCAGAUGUUUUUAUAAGAAAUCAGCGAGAUUACUUUUCUUAGAUUACCUUUUGUAUAUCACUAGUUGAAUGCAUAGUUGUAAAUCUUUUGAUCAACUAUUUUUGUUUACUCAAUAAAGUGUAUAUAAGAUC